UUUUUCUCUUGGCUUAUUAGAUAUUGCAUGCAUUCUUGCCUGAUAUCUCAAUUCGGUUUGCAUUGAUUAAAUAUGUUUAGAUAUAAUUGAGAGUUUUGACUAUAUUGGCCAAGUGUUUUUCCUGUUUAUGCAAAAGUAGGAUAGCUUCUUUCUUCAUGCGAUGAAAAAGUGCACUAUCCCGGACUCCCCUAAAGGUACAUCUUUCCUUCUUUGACUCUUUGCUUUUGAAAAUUUUGGAUAAGAGAAGAAGCCCUUGAUAAGAUGGCCAAAUUGACCACAGGCUAGUUGAACCUAACAUCUAUAAACUCUGGCACUACCUACAGUUUGCAGUUCUAUAAGAUUCGAGCAGUAUUUCAUAAAAAGUUUUGUGCUUUAAAUCUGUUUAAUCACUGCUUAUGUGCUUAAAUUCACCUUGUUCUCUAUGAGCAAGUAAAAUUUUAUCUUGUCCUAUAUGGUACAAAUAAAACAAAAUAUGUGCUGCAUCUUAGGGGGAGUGUAUCAGAUGAGGGUGUCUAGGCCCUAGCAAGUUAUAAGGUUUGACUUUUGGCUAAUCUGUCUUUGAUUUUCUCUCAUGUCUAGAAAAUCUAGUUGCUAUUUGUCAUGUCAUGGAAAGUCUUACCUGGUGGGAAAAGAGUCUCCACACACACACGCAUUGCUUGAGUUGAGUGUGGAGCGUCUGGACGGUAUUCCUUGGAGUCUGGAAGGGUGUAGCAUGGUAGUCCGGACGGUAUUCUCUGGAAGUCCGGACAUGUGCAGUGCCUCGUCGUUCGGACAGGUCUUGUUGUACGUCCUGACUCACGUGUGCUGUCACCAUCGUUCGGACGGGUAAUUUAUUUCGUCCAGAUGAGCAUGACCGUUACGCACGUUCCUGAGGCCCAUGAGUCGGGACGUCUGGAAAACUCCAUCCGGACGGGUCACCCACAGAGGCUAUAAAUUGCCCAGAAUUGGCCAUUCUCUCCCUCAUACCCCACCAAAUCCACCUUUUGGCUUUUUGUGAGUAAUUUCCUUUGGUGUUUUUGGAGUAAAUCAUCCUUUUGUAUCUCCUUGCAUUCUCAAUCACUCGUCAGGUAUUUUUCUUGUCCUAUUCUUUUCAGUUCUUACACUGUUAGAAUUUCUAUAUUUGAUUAGUAGUGUUAUUGAGAGUUUGAGAUGCUUAUAUCAUGUUGGGAUUAUUUGUAGGACUGUGAUAAUUUGUGUCUAAAUUUAUGAUAGUCCUCUUACUGCUGUUAUUCUGCCAAAAUUUUUGCUAGCCUAACAAGAUUUUUUUUGGGAUUAUUUUUUUUAGAAUAUUCUUGUUAGUUUUCUUUUUGCAGAAUCAUGUUUGCCAUCAGUUCUUAGCGCCAGGUCCGUCAGAUGACAGAAGCAGAGCAAAAUGAAAUUCAAGCGAAGAUUAUGGACCGGACUGUUAUUGCUGAACAGAACGUGGUCCGUGUAGAUAUCAUGGUGCCUCUGCUGAACAGUAUCCAUGAGACUAUCCAGCAUUAUCAGUGGACCUACCUCUAUACCUGUGCCUGCAUCGUCCUCACCAGGCUGGUCCGACUUUUUUAUGCAAACUUGGAGGUUGUUCAGGAUGAUGAGCGUGGGACGGUACUGCAGUCCACUGUUGACGGACACACAAUCACUAUUGAUCCCCAGAUCAUCAGCCAGUUUAUCGGGGUACCUGUUCUCGAUCUACCUGCCAGUCCAUUCAACGAGGUGGUGCUUCCUCCCUCUAUGGAUGAGCUCCAAGAGUUUUUCCAUGCUGCUCCACAAGGUGAGGAGCAUCCGACCUCCAUCGAGAUUGGUGCUCUAGGUCCAGCUCAUCGUAUGUUAGCCAAAAUUAUUUUGCACAAUCUAUGGCCGGUUACCAGGCGCAGUACUCUGAUAUUGAAGAAGGCCCAGUUUGUCUAUGCUGUUCACUUUCGCCUUCCUUUCUGUCUCUGCAAGCAUAUUCUGGGAGUCAUGCUCGAGGCUCGUGAUGAGGGCACUGCCGGUCUUCCUUUUGGCUGCCUCAUUACUCAGAUCAUCCUGCAGACCGGUAUCAAUGUAAAUGGAGAGCCUAGGAUGAAGAUGCAACAGCUCCUCAGCAAACAGACUUUGCUGAAGUCAAAUAAGCAGCUACGGAGAGAGGAGUUUGAUGAGGAUAUACCUGCUGCGAUGCAUGUUGGUUUUCCAGACGUAGCUUCAUCCUCUCACACUAUCCCGCAAUCUGAGCCGGAGGUAAAUUUUUCUCAGAUUAUGGAGGCUCUUGCUACUCUUCAGGGGGGGAUGAGCAAUAUGUAGGUAUCGAUGUCCUCCAUGCAGCAGUCCGUGUCCUCCAUGCAGCUGGAAAUGCGGUCCAUCAGCAAAAGGGUGGAGCAGACCCACUUGGACCUUCAGGAGUGUCUCCAAGUCCAUCAUCCAGAGAGCAGUGAUGAUGAGGCUACUGCACCAAAGGCUGCCCGUCGGACUCCCGGAGCUACACCUAUGGCAGAGGAUGUUUGAUUCCCUCGUGUCUAUUUGUUGACUUUUUAUUUUGUUUUGUUAUUCUGAGACAAUUUGUUGUUUAUUAUAACUGUUGAACUUAUAUUACUCUGUUUCCCGGGUCCUUCUGAGACUGUUAGGGGGAGUAAUUUUUAUUUUGGUUGGUUGUUUUAUUACCUUGUUUACCCUUUGUCCCUUUGUGACAAAAAAAGGGGGAGUAAUUUUUAUUUUGGACCGGGAAUGUAUUUCCAAACCGGUCAAGUGAUUUUUAUCCCAGAAUGGCCAAAGGGUGAGUUUGUUAGUA